AUGCUUGACAUAAAGGCUUGGGCUAAGUAUGCUGUGGAAUGGGCUGCAAAUGACCCGUAUGGUUUCCUUACAACAGUUAUUUUGGUCCUCACUCCACUGUUCCUAGCUAGUGCUGUUCUGUCCUGGAAGUCGGCCAAGAUGAUUGAAGCCAGUGAGAAAGAGCAAAAGAAGAAACAAAAACAUCAAGAAAAUAUUGCGAAAGCUAAACAACUAAAAAAGGAUUGA